AUGUCUGAUCUAUUAUUAAGACACAAUUAUUUCAAUGCACUACUUGGUUUUCAAAAUAUUAGUGUUGGUGAAAUUGUUUUAACAAUAAUUCAGCAUCAAAUAAUUUUCCCAUUUAUACAAGGGUUUGGUUGGGGAAUUGGAGUUCACUUUUAUCGUUAUUUAAGAAAUACUUCAACAAGCAUUGAUAUUGAUAUAUUGAAGAAAUGUAUUGAAACAAAAAAUGUUGAAGCAUUGGAAUCGGGAAAAUACAAAAAGGAAGACCAGAUAGUUAGUACAAGAAGACAUGAAAGACUACUGGAAGCAGCCGAUACAAAUUUAUCUUCUGAAGCAAUUACAAGGCGAAAUAAGUGUAGAUUGUGUAAUAAUAUUGGUCAUAGUCGUAAUACUUGUCACUUUAAUAGUAACAGUAUAAUAAGAGGAAAAUCAUGCAUUGAUAUUGAUAUAUUGAAGAAAUGUAUUGAAACAAAAAAUGUUGAAGCAUUGGAAUCGGGAAAAUACAGUUCAAUUGACAACAAUGAUGGAAAAGGAGUAUUUAAAUUGAUAAGGACAAAUUAG